AUGGCCAUAUCAACUAAAUGCUAUGGAGAUCAUUAUGAGUACAGACUGGAGCUCGACCGCGCACUCGAUCGAGCUGGAAGCACAGAUGAGAAAAGAUAUGCUUGCACUCAAUCGAAGUUGGACAAACUGAUCCUAGCCCAAUUCCCUGCUAAGCAUGUCAAUUAUGUCUCUGGAAAAGCUCUAGUUAAAGAUCAGGAAGGGGAGGAGACCCAACAUGAGGUUUGCUAUAUUCAAAAUAGACAAGGAAGCUUUAGGAAUCCUCAGAAAGGAUCUACAGUUGGCUAUGGACAACAAGGGACAUACCCAGCUAUCCAAACACCUUGCCGCACCAACACCACAGUGUACCACCAGGCUUCACAAAGGCUAAUCAUACCCAACCACGUCAAGAUUGGGAUAUGA